AUGCCGGACUUCACAACCAGUCAGAUCCGGGACACUGAUCCCUCCCCAUACGACCAAAUCUUCCUGGUGACGCAGGAUACUAUCAACAAAUCAUUCAAAAAUAUGUGGGCUCUUGCCGACCAGUCAUCUCCUCUCGUCAAGUUUAAUUACAAGUCACAUGGACAGUAUCUUGGUGGAGAUCUAGAUGCUCCUGAGAUCGAAUUAAGCAUUUAUGGGCAGAAUUCAGUUCAGCUUUAUUAUCAUCUGAAGUUCCUUACGGGGCAGAUGGAACUUUAUAUUGAUCCUAAUAGUGAUGAUACUAAGGAUUUUAGCCUGGUUGGGUGGGACAUUGUGUUCCCAGUUGUAAUUAGGAGCGAGACAUAUAAACCCGGAGAUUCGGGGUAUGAUGAGCACGCAGCCAAAUUUAGCAAAGAUGGAUUCCCAAAUGGUACCUUUUCAAUUGCAAAACUCUUCCUCGCUGCGUCGUCUAUCUCUGGCGGUGCAACUUUUGACGCUAAGAGGAGUUCAUUUGGAGGUUUGGAUUGGGAUAAUCAGCCUGGUGAACUUAAGGAGAACUUUGGGAUGUUUAUCUCGAAAUGGAUUAAUACUAUGAGCGAUAAGAAGGAAAAUAUCCUGGGAUAUUCAAUUGUUGGUAACGAUCCGUCGCAGAUUAACGGGGUUGCACCUACGUUCGUUCCAACAUCUAUCGACCAUUACAACUACCCUUGGAUCGAACCAGGUUACUCCAGUACUUCUGGACAAGAUGGUCUCGAUCAGAACGCAUUCUGUUAUCUAACAAUGGCCGACUUCCGCAAACCUCCAGAAAUCGCGGGUCUCACUUACUCCGGCCCAUUCGUGAAUAAAGACAACGGAGCCACAUUUUGCAUGAACUCAAAUAUCUUCUGGGAUACAUGGCUUCUUCCAUUAUUGCAAGAACUUAACAUGCAAACGCUAGUUUAUCCUGAGACUCCAUACCUUAAGUUUGCAAACGAUUCGGGGUCCGUUUGGGUGACUUGUGAAUAUCAUGUGGGGAAUAAUAAUCCUAGCGUCUCUGCUUCGGAUUCUACCUUUGCCUGGACAAGAUCUACUGAUGGGGAUGGGAAGCCCUCUUGGACUUGGUCUUCUUCUCUUCCGCCUUCUAGUAAUGAAGUUGUGGAUGAAAAUGGUGUUUGGACUGUUUCGAGUUCUGAGACUUCGCAAUCUAGCACGACACUUACCUUCGAUGAAGGUGGUCAGAAGAUUUCUGUCGUCGGAAAGAAUCAAUUCCACUUUGAAUUCCACGAUGAGGCUUCUUGGGGUGGUGGAUCCGGCGGCUUCACUGCCACUACAGAUUGGCAUCUAAACUUCGCUCUGGGCGCAGUCAACGACGGUGGUUUACAAAUCACCCGCAUCCCAGAUCCCGAUGGAGUACCAGCCAGCACCACAACAGGAACUCAAUUCAUCUAUGGUUUCUACCAUGAAGAAAACUUUGUCAAUUACUGCAAGGGAGUGGAUAAUGCUCUCUCCUACUAUUUCGAUAACAACAUCUCCACGGUUACAAAUGCUUUGAUCUCUGCUCUUCAGAACCAAAAUCAACUUGUACUCCCGGGUAAUGGUGUCUUUUUGAUGGAGGAUGCAAGAUUUAAUAAACGGGGAGAUCUUUUGGUGGAUUUGCAUUAUAAUGGCGCGCCGGCACCACCAAACCCUCAUCAACCAAGCCAGCAGCAUAAUAUCUAUGCAGGAUUCGUUGAGAAUCCAAAUGGAGGUGUUCCGGAGAAUCAAAAGUGGUUGCCAGAGAAGUGGGCCAAGUUACCGGCUAGAGCGACUUUGUCUCCUACGAAGCCAAAGGAGUUGAGUCAGUCUCAGAAGAUUAAGGCUACUAUCCCACGCGGCUGA